GUCAUUUUUCGGUCUGUCCUUUCACCGAUAAUGAUACAAGCACCCUAUGCAUCAGCCAUGAGGAGCAUACAACAGAGAAACCUUUACUUGACCCUGGUCUCUGUACUCUGGACCUCUUCUUUGCCUGCUGCAGGAGUUCAGAUCAGAUUAGCUGGAUCUACUCAUUGCUCUGGAAGAGUUGAACUCUUCUAUGGCAGUACCUGGGGAACAGUAUGUGAUGAUGACUGGGACUUAAGAGAUGCUGAGGUGGUGUGCAGACAGCUGAGCUGUGGGAAGGCACUGAGUGCUCCUGGAAGUGCCAGUUUUGGUGAAGGAGCUGACCCAAUCUUGCUGGAUAAUGUGGCCUGUUCAGGAAGUGAACGUUCUUUAACUGCGUGUCAAUUCAGCGAAAUGGGAAAACACAACUGUAAACACAGUGAGGAUGCUGGCGUGGUCUGCUCAGGUGCUCAGAUCAGAUUAGCUGGAUCUACUCGGUGCUCUGGAAGAGUUGAACUCUUCUAUGGCAGUACCUGGGGAACAGUAUGUGAUGAUGACUGGGACUUAAGAGAUGCUGAGGUGGUGUGCAGACAGCUAAACUGUGGGACGGCACUGAGUGCUCCUGGAAGUGCCCUUUUUGGUACAGGAGCUGACCCAAUCUUGCUGGAUGAUGUGGCCUGUUCAGGAAGUGAACGUUUUCUAACUGAGUGUCAGUCCAAAGAAAUGGGGAAACACAACUGUCAACACAAUGAGGAUGCUGGUGUGAUCUGUUCUGUUAGCCUCCCUAAGCCCAGCAUCUCCAUGAUACCUGUUGGUGAGGUUACCUGGGGUCAGGAUAUCGUCAUCAUUUGUUCCAUCACAGCUGAGCUUCUAGGUGGCACAUUCACUCUUCAGAAAAUCCCAGGCUCAUUCACAGUGACCCAAACACCAAGUUCCAACUCUGCUACAUUCAACAUUAUUCAAGUUGACCUUGAAAAUGAUGGAUCCUAUCAGUGUCAGUACAAGAAAAGCAUUUCAAGUCAAAAUUUCGCCUCCGUCCUAAGUGACCCACUCAGACUCUCCAUCACUGUGAGACUGCAACAGCCGAGUAUCUCUCUCACAUCUCCUAACAGAGGGCUGGUCUGGCGUCCUGAAGGUGCAGAGGUCACCAGGGGUUACCGCUUUGUCUUCAUCUGCUCCAUUAACUGCAGCUAUCCUGAGGGCCAAUUCUUUCUCAUCUCCUCUGACUCAACCAUUGUUGCCGCAAAGCGAACAGUCAACCACUCGGCCUCCUUUGACUUCCCUGUAGCUGAAUAUAAACACCAGGGCAACUACAGCUGUGUGUAUGAGGUCGAACUGUCUACAAGGAGAUUUAAUUCUACUGAGACUGGACCAAUCAGCGUUAUCAUUAAAUCGUCUCGGUCGUCGAUGGUGUCCUUACUAGCUGCUGGCUUCCUGCUGCUGGUGCUGCUGCUGCUGCUGGUGGUGCUGCUGGUGGUGGUCUGUCUGGCCCGCAGUUUAAGAAAAUAAGCAAAGCAGCCAACCCUUGUCCACAACAAAUUGGCUGUCAGAGUGGGAAAGUAUUGCAAAGAUGAUGAAGAUGAUUAUGUAAAUAUAAAUUCAAUGGAAACCAAGAAGAAUCUCAAAGAGGAAACAGUGGAUGAGGACAAUAUUUAUGAGGAACCAGAGCGAUUUGAUGAUCAUGAUUCUGAAGAAGUAGGCCUAAAUUCACGUUUGAGAAUGGACAAGGGGGUCUGUUUCAGUGAAGAUGAAAACAGACAAGAGGAAGAAGAAACCAGUGAAGAAGAAGAUGACUAUGAAAAUGUAAAACCACUUACUGAAACAACUGAUGGCACUUAUGGAAAGCAUGAGGAUAUUUCUGAGAACUUUUGAGGUUGCCGUGUGUGUGUGUGUGUGUGUGUGUGUGUGUGUGUGUGUGUGUGUGUGUGUGUGUGUGUGUGUGUGUGUGU